AUGCAAUUCAACUCCAGACGUUCCACUGUUUACUCCCCACGGGGAAUUGUUUCCUCGUCCCAGCCGCUCGCCAAUGAGGCUGGUGUAAAAAUCUUGCGCGCAGGCGGCAAUUGCGUGGACGCCUGCGUCGCCGUGGCCGCCGUGCUGUGUCUCGUCGAGCCAAUGUCAACAGGAAUUGGCGGCGACGCGUUCGGACUGUUUUACGACGCAAAAACAGGUAAAGUGUCCGGCAUGAACGCAACAGGCCUCUCGGCAGCGGCUUUGAGCAUCGACUGGCUGCGGAAAUACCACCCUGACCACAUAUUGUCCACGAUGCGUCUACAAGAAGACUCCGUCUUCGCUGUCCAGGUGCCAGGAAUGGUGGCCGGCUGGUGCGACGCCGUGGAGCGCUGGGGCAGCGGUAAAGUCUCGCUGGCCGAGAUCCUGGCACCAGCCAUCGACCUGGCCGAAAACGGCUUUGUUAUUUCCCAGGUGUGUGCCGAUAUGUGGCUGGAGGAGGAGUCGAGACUGCAAAGACUCAACAAGCACGACGAAGACCUCCGUAUUUUCCUGCCAAACGAAAACUUCACGGCCCCACACAAGGGCCAGCUGCUCACCAAUACACUGUUUGCUGCCACGCUGCGCCGCAUAGCCCAUCAGGGCAAACGUGGCUUCUACGAGGGCCCCGUCGCAGAGGCCAUUGUGCGUGAGCUCCGGUCACGUGACCACGUGAUGACGACAGCGGAUCUGGCGGCGCACGAGACGCUGUUUGUGGAGCCCAUUUGCGUUAAUGUGCUGGGCCACAAGAUCUGGGAGAUCCCACCCAACGGGUCGGGCAUUAUCGCUCUGCUGGCGCUUGGGUAUAUCAGCCAGCUGGACAAGGACGGAGUUAUAAACCUGCGCGCCAUGCAGCAUAACUCGGCCGAGUACCUGCAUGUGGUGAUCGAGUGUCUCAAGCUUGCGUUCAAGGACUCGGACGAGCACGUCCACGACUACGAGCAUUAUCGACGCGCCACGGGGGUCGAUCUUGCUGGCCAGCUCAAAAACCUGUUGCACCCUUCUUUUUUCAAGCAGCGCACAGCACAGUUUUCCAAGGACUCGGUGCUGGAUAACAGGACGAUUAAGCACGGGGUUCCCGAUCCGGCGAGGCGGUCCGAUACGGUCUAUUUCACGGUCACCGACAGCGACGGCAACGCGUUCUCCUUUAUAAAUUCCAUCUACAGCCAUUUUGGCAGUGCCAUUGUGGUACCCGGGCACGGCUUUAUCCUGCAGAACCGCGGAGAAAACUUUAGUCUAAACCCGGAGUCGAAAAAUUGUCUCGCCGGGAGCAAGAGAACGUACCACACAAUCAUCCCUAGCAUGAUCACCACACCUGCUGGAUCGCGGGACGAGCUCUAUGCCAGUUUUGGCAUUAUGGGCGGUUUCAACCAGCCGCAGGCCCAUGUCCAGGUGUACUUGAACAUGGUGCUGUUUGGGAUGGAUCCGCAGCAGGCUCUGGACGCGCCUCGGUUUUGCAUGACGCCCCACGAGGAUUACAAACACACGGACUUGGGGCUGGGAUCUAAUGGGCCUGUGAGCGCUCACGUUACCACAGUAAACAUCGAGGAAGGAGUGCCCGAGGAAAAUAUUAGUCAGCUCCGAAAAUUGGGGCACGAUAUUAUAGUGCUGCGGGACGAAAAACGAACGCUUUGCGGCCGGGGUCAGGUGAUUCGGCGCGAGCAGAGCGCGGGAAAGCUUGUGUAUGCUGGGGGCAGCGACCCACGCGGCGACGGCGCCUCUGUACCGUUCUACUGAUUGUGCUGCAAACUCAACACCGAACCCCGAUGUCGGACUUCGGACUUGAUGAUUAUUAACUUGACAUCGAAUCCAGCAGAGUGGAAUAGUUGCUAACCAGAGUAUAUAAGAUGACGGCAUCAGCAGUCUGUCCCGGAUGAGCAUUAGAGAUUCGGUGACAAUGUUUAUGAAAACUGCACGCCACGUGGAGCACCAAAAAAGCGAAUUGGUACUGCUUAUCGUGCUGGUCGGCUGCGCUUUUGACCUGGUCAACGUGACAGCCACUAUCUCGAGCAUGUCCGAAAUACAACGCCAUUUCAACACCACGUACUCCCAAGCGUCGUGGAUUUUGUCUGCGUACGCUGUGGCAUUCUCGGGGUUCAUCGCCGUUUCGGGCCGCAUUGGGGACAUUAUUGGCCACGCUGACUUAUACAUCUGGAGCUCUGUUUUGUUUGCGCUCUUUUCGCUGCUUUGCGGUGCUGUGGACAGUCUGACCGCACUGAUAGUGUUUAGAACGUUGCAAGGAGUGGCUGCCGCUGCUCUCGUGCCGUCCGGAUACGCAAUUGUGGCGCGCUCGUUCCCGCCCGAAAAACUGGGCUCCCGCUUCUCUAUUUUGGCCGCUGGCUUCAGUCUUUCGUUUGGCGUUGGCUAUAUAGUGGGCGGAGCGUUUGACCUGACAUCUGUGGGGUACAAAGGCAUCUACUAUGUGUCCGGCGGCGUGAUGUUUGUGGACGCCGCGCUGGGUUUCUUCUUCAUCAAGCAUAUACCGCCUACGGGCGAGAAGGUGGCCAAUCUGGACGCCGUUGGCUCAUUACUGCUGAUCGGUGCUACUACCCUCGUUGUGGUUGGCUUCACGGAGGCAGGUGAAGUGUGGAACUCGCCGAAAACGUAUCUCCCGUUGCUUAUGGGAGGAAUUUUCUACGUGGUGUUUUAUUUCUGGAACACGGAGAUUUUGGCACGCAUCCAACAAAGCGGCCGGCGUUUCAAGCAGACAGUUCCGCUAAUGCCCAGAUCGCUGCUGACGACGCUGGUACCGGUGUGUGUUUUGGUGGCUGUCUUCAUGAAUUACUGCACGCUGUUUGCAAUCAUCUCGCUGUCGGCGGAGUAUUUCCAGUACGUGGAGCAAAACUCGCCGAUAUUAGCCGCAGUCAAGCUGGCCCCAAACCUGAUCGGCAUGUUCGUCGUGACGAUAUUGUUGUCCCUGAAAAACGACAUUCUGUCGCCAUACACCUCGUUCAUGCUGGGCUACUCGGGGAUCGUGGCCGCGGCAGCAUUAUGUGCGACGUGGAAUAGUAACCACAGCCACUUCUACUGGCGGUGGAUUGUGCCCAUGCAGGUGCUCUCGUCCGCGGGCAGCAGCUUUUUCUUCCCGCACUCCCUCAACGUGCUGAUCGGCGCAGCGGACCCCGACGUGCGCGGCCUUGUGUCGGGCGUGAUGCAGACAUUUGGCCAGGUCGGCGUGAGUCUGUGUUUUGCGGUGGUCACGUCGGUGCUGGGCAACGGCGCCAAGACAGACGAUAAAUUCCGCAUCUGCGGCUACGUGCUAAUCGCGGUGGCCUCUGUGGGCUGGCUGUGCUGUCUUGCGGUGUAUAUACGGGGCCACAAGACAAGAGAAAAAACCCCCGACGCAUAGUCACUCUUCCUUGGAAUAGAACAUCUGGAAGAAAAACGGGUCGUCGUGGACAAAGCUGGAGUGGUUUUCGAUCGGUAGCGGCGCAACAGAAUGCCGGCUCUGCGACAUUGCAAGCUCGUGCAGCGUGCCCAAAAUCUGUUUGAGCGGCUCGUCCGUGUCGAGAAAGUCGGCAAACGCAUGCAGCCGCUCGCUCAUCAGCAGGAACGACUGGAACAGCCGCGGCUCCAGAACAUGUAGGUCUUUUUUAAUACAAGCAAUCACAAUCGCGAGGGUCUGGAAAGUAUGGCAGGACACGAACGGGAACGACUCACGCAACUUGACGUAGGGCACGGGCGCGUUCUCCGUGGCAAACCGCACAAAAUCCACAAACUCGUACGAAAACGCGCACAGCAGCACGUUCAACUGGUACUGCGAAAACCUGUGCUUACGUAAGAACGGGUAGUGGAGUUUGAUCUGGUUGGUGAGGAUCAGGAGCCGGUAGCUGCGAACGAGGAGCUGGUCUGUGUCGGAUUUGCGUUCAAGCACGGCGGACAUGCGGCUGUCUAGCGGGAGGAUCUGGGCCUCGUACAGCGUCGGGUCCUUGCCGUAGGCCUGGAACGCGCGGUUGGUGUCGCGGUAGAGGUGGAUCAAUUCGCACAGCAAGGACGUGGCCGGGUCCAGAAUACACGAGGUGGCGUUUGGGCGGCCGUUUGUGGACCCGAUGAGGCAGUCGUAGAAGACGAUGGUGCGCCAGAGCACGAGUUUGCGCUCGUCGGCGUGGUCACCUGACUCUCGCACGUGAUAGCCCAGCGCGUACGCGGUGCACACGAUGCUGAAGAGCAGCGACCACGUGGCCUCUAUCUUGAGCGAGUACACGUAGUGCUCGAGCAACAGCACGCGCGCCUGGAUCAGUUCCAUGCAGUCCUCCGUGAAGAGCCCGACGCGCGAGAACUCGCGGUGGAGCACGUCGUAGAUCUCGAGCGAGCAUUCUGGGUUGUAGCAGGUCCCAACGAGCAGCACGCCGAGCAGCUGGCAGAGUGUGCGGCACGGGAACGAGAGCGUGUCGAGGAACAGCUCGACGGUGUGUGUGAGCUCGUAGAUGUCCAGAAACUGCUCGUGCGAGCAAAACCCGGCAGUUUCGGCGUACAGCCGGAGUCCCUG